CUGCUUUUCCCGAGAGACUCGACCGAUGGGUCACAUGAUGUUUAUGCCUCAGGCCCCAAUUGGUCUAGGCCUCUUCCAGAAGUCUCUCUGCUGUCGCAAGUCUCUUAGUGUCCGGGAGAAUUUCCCCAGCUCCCAUCUCUCUCUCUCUAUAUCUCAAUUGAGUGUCACUCUGUUCUGUUGAUUUUUACCAUGGCGGGUGUCUGCGCUUCAUCCCUCAAAAUCUCCCUCCCAAAUGUCUUGCGCAAUGCUCUCCGUUCAGAGUUCGCCUCGGACGUCCAUCAGGGUCCCGCAUCUCGGAGAAUCCUCUCCAUAACGCCUUUCUCUCAAAGCAGAUACAAAACGGAACGACGGAACUUUAGCUCCUCUAUCAAAUCCCAAAUUUGUCAAUCUGCAAUAUAUCUAUCAGCACAGGACCCUUCCUCCUCCGCCUCCUUUAGUUCUAAUACACCGCCACUGGGAGGUUCAGAAGAUGAAAUACGCCGUGCCUCGACCGAAGCAAACGCAUCGCCACAACCGAAUGACACCAAAACCAGCCAUGCGGACUCCCUAGCUGAGGCACCUUCCUCCGAUACAUCUACCGAUAAAAAGCGCACCAAAUCAUCUCGAUCGAAGAAACGUUCACGUCAUGAAGAAUUCCCUUCCAAUCCCAUGCCUCAGAAGAAACCCGAGAAAUGGCAGCUUCAUAAACAAGCCUUGAAAGAGAAGUUCAAGGAUGGUUGGAACCCUUACAAGAAGCUUUCUCCCGAUGCGUUGGAGGGUAUUCGACACCUCCACGCGGUCGCACCGGAAAAGUUCACUACACCUGUUCUUGCGGAGGAAUUCAAGGUCUCACCCGAGGCUAUUCGGCGGAUAUUGAAGAGCAAAUGGAGGCCUUCUGAGACCGAAAUCGAAGACCGACGGAAGAGAUGGGAGAGGCGACAUGAUCGAAUUUGGGGUCACUUGUCGGAGCUAGGCCUACGACCAAGUACGAAGCGCACCCGAGACUUGACAGACGCAAACCAACUGCUCUAUGGCAAUAACCAAAAGAAAGGGGGCAAGGCGUAAAUAAUAAUGGAUGGGCCUGUACAGGCAGACACCAUGUAUAUAUCACAUGUACUAUACGAGCUAUCUACCGGGUUUGCAUUGAAUAGCAUAGAAUAGGCGUUAGAUUGAACUUGUGGAGG